AUGGAUGUAGCAGAUUUGCUUAAUAGUGCAUCUAUUGCAUCAGAGAAUGAAAAGGUAUCUCUACUAUCGAGUGCCUUUGAACUUUUAUUCUUUAAAGAGACACAUCUACUUGCCGACUAUUAUCGCAGUCUUAUAGAGUUUGCCUAUGACAGAUCUACCAUUAUGAUCAAGAAACAAAUCAUUGGCUUUAUCGAAACAACCUGUAAAAAGUAUCCUCAAUAUUUAAAUAAAAGUAAAGAUGUUAUAUUGUUUCUAUUGAAUCAAGAGACACCUUCAGUCAUUAAAAGAGUUAUACUCUGUUUUACAAAUAUAAUUAGAUCAACUCUAUCAUUUAUAUUAAAUUGUCAACCAAUAAAUGAAGCAACGGAAUUAUUCAAUUCAUUCAAUGAAGUUAAAGGAGUGAUAUUGAAGCCACAAAGUUUGGACAAUGAAGCAACACUUGUAAAUACAUUAAAGAUGAUAGAGAUUUUAGUUUUAUGUUUCUCUUCACCAACUGAGAAUGGUGGAAAUAAUGCUAGUCGAAAGUUACUAAAAUCAGAUGAAGAAUUCUCUUUGGAUCGUAUACCAGAUCAACACCCUAUUCUCAACAAAUUGGUAUUAUCAAAAGAAUGUGAAUCUUAUUACCUUGGUUUAUUAAUUGAUCAUGUAUCUGUAUUAAAUAACAUGACCAGUACCAAUAUUAUGACACUUAUGACAUCAUUGUCAUCUAUUGUGAAACAAAGAUUGGCAUUUGCCAAGAUUAUUGUACCAAUGUUAUCUACAUUCCCUUCAAAUCUACCGAAAUUAUCAACCGUUCAAAAUGAAAGUGUAAAGCAUUCAAUCAAAACUUGUCUCCUUUCUAUUAUAAAAUUAAAGAAUCAAGCAGUUGCACCAUAUAUAAAAGAUUUAAUUGAGGCUGCUAGUUUGGUUGAUGGAAAGGAUCAUGCAGAGGAUGCUGCAAGAUGGUAUAGAGGUGAACCAGAGAAAAAGAAACGUAAUUAUGAACAACAAAGUAGUUCAAAUGAUUCAAAUGUAAAGAAAGUUAAAAUGGAAGAUCAACAACAACAACAACAAAAUAUACAAAAUAAUAUGAUGAAUCAACAACAACAACAACAAAAUAUAGAUAGUAAUUUUAAACAACAAUCACCACCUCAACUACAACAACAAUCAAUAUUAUUAGACUUAAAUUAUAGGCAAGGAUUACAAUUAGAUUCAGAAUCACAAUCUGCGAUAUUAUCAAAUAUUGCAUCACUCAAUCCAGAGUUUGUUGUUGAUUUGGUGAUUGAAAACAUGAAGAUAUCUCCACUCUUUUAUUUAUUAAAUGGGAUCAGACGAAAUCCAAAUACCGAAACACUCUUUCAAUUUGUAAAUUCUUAUCAACAACCAUCACCACAACAAUUAUCAGUUCAACAACAACAACAACAACAACCACCAGGCUUUUCAUCACCACCCCAACCUCAACAACAACAACAAAAUGAAUUUAUGCAAAUACAAAUGCAAAAACAACAACAAUUAUUAUACCAACAACAACAACAACAAUUACAACAACAAAUGAGAGAUCCAAGAGCCAUGUUAUCACAACCAUCACAACCGUCACAACAACAACCACCAGGCUUUUCAUCACCACCUGUUACCUCUGUCAAAGAAGAAUCGGCGUAUCAGCCAGAUUUAGAGGAUUAUCCAAUCCAAAUAGAAGAGGAAAAGAGCAAAGGAGAUGGAAAUCAACAAGAAAGAACUAGGGUUAAAAAAGAAAAGGUUGUAGAGAUUAGCAACUUUGUACCUAAACCAAACUUUAAAAUACCUAAACUUUCCAAAGAACAAGUUCAAAAGAUGAUGGAUAGAGCACUGCAAAGAAUUAAAUCUUCUGAAAAGGGUGCAACUCAAGGCGGAAAGGUUAGUUUAUGGUCUGCUUUAUUUGCUCGUUUAUUAUCUCAACGUAAUCGUCAAUUGGUUGAUCAACAACAAGAUGAUCAAGUUAUGAAAGAGGAGAAUGGUGAUAGUGGUGAUGAUGAUGAAUUAGAGUAUAGUAGAGUAAUGAUUGACUUUUGUUUGGAAGAAUUUGGUACACGUAGAGAAUUGGCACUUAGAUGGUUACAUAGUGAGUUGUUGGCAUCGAUGGAUAUUGGUGCUAGUGAUGCUGCCAAGACAAGAUAUUCGAAUCUAUUAUUGAUGAUGGUUGAAAAGGUGCAAGCUAGUCACACUGGAGACGGACAGGAAAAGACUAUUACCGAUUUCAUCUUAGAGGUGCCAUUGGUUACCGACGGUCUACUCCAACUUAUUGUAGACUAUUGCAAGAAUAUUCAAUUGGUUGGUCUUGGAUUAAAUUCUUUUUGCGAUCUCAUCCUCUGGCGUCCAAAUCUUCGUCAACAAUGUCUAAACUCGCUAUUGGAAUUCUCUGUUGAUCGUCACCAAGACAUUCGUUCAAAAACUAUUCGUGUCUUAACCAACCAACUAUUUUGCAAACCAUCUUUAGAACAUACAAUUCAAAAGUUUGCUAUUGAUCAAUUAAUUUCUGUUAUUCAUAUUAAAGAAGAAGAGGAGGAAGAUGAAGAAGUGAAAGAGGAAGCAGAACAAAAAGAAGAAAAAGAACAAAAGGAAGAAGAAGAAAAUGGAAAAGAUAAAACAAUUGAUGUAAAGUUGGAAAAGUUGGAAAAAAAUACAUCAUCUGAUUCUUUGGAAAAAGAAACAUCAACCAAUUUAAUUGAAAGAAAAUUAUUAUUAUUCUUUUCAUUGUGUGCAAAGAAACCAUUGAUUGCAACCGAGUUGUUACAGGUAUACAGUCGGUGUUCGGAUACUACCAAGGAAGUGAUACAUAAACAUAUAGGCACGGUGAUGAAGACGAUUGGACAGGCCAACGAAGACAUCUUGCAGGUGUUGACAGUGUGUCCAAAGGGUGCUGAAAACUUAGUGUCAGAGAUGCUCGGGUCACUUGUCAAUGGUGAGCGUCCAGUCCCCAAGCUUGUCGACACUGUCAAGAACCUACUCGACAUUACUGGCGAGACCAAGUUUUUAUUGCCCGUUGUCCACGGACUACCACACGACGAGGUCAUUGCCUCUCUACCCACCUUUUUGUCAUUGUCAGAGGCUGAUUUACGUAACUUUGUCACAAUGCUUGCUAUCCCGGGUAGUCCACUCACUCCAUCCGAGUUACUCGUUCAACUCCAUCUCAUUGCCGACACCAACGUCAACAAACGUCAAAUUGUCAAUGCUAUCGACCAAUGUACCGUUCAAAUGCAAUCUGUAUUCAAACCAGAGACAUUGGCCGUUGCCAUCCAACAACUGGUCACACAACCCACACUCAGUCCAUUCCUCUUACGUACCAUGUUGCAGUCACUCAAUACCUACCCCAAUCUACGCAACUUUAUCGUUGAAAUGAUGAGAGAGUUGGUAUCUAAACAAGUGUGGAAUGACAAGGGUCUCUGGAACGGUUUCAUCAUUUGUGCACUCAAAGCCAAACCAGAGUCGCUGCCAGUCAUAUUCGAUCUACCAAGUUCACAGUUCCAACUAGCCAUUGAAAAUGAUGAACUACGUCGUACACUCCAAGAAUUCAUUCAAUCAAAGGAUCCACAAUCAAGAAAUGCAUUCUCUAGAAAUAAUUUAAAAUUAUUAGAUCAAUUUAAUAAAUAA